AUGACGGAAUUAGAAAGACGAAGACCUUUCACUGAUUUACAAAUUAAAAAUCGUUUAUCAAAAUUACCAGUUUUUGAACAGUUUGAUUUCCUUCGUGGAUCUGAUAUUUUACUUGAUAGAGAGUCUGAAAUCACACUUUAUUUAUAUCGUAAGCUAAGAGGGGAUUUGGAUAACCUUCUGGCAAAUAUUAAAAAUGAAUUAUUAUCUACUGAUGUGGAAACGGAAAUUGUUGAGGAAAAAUCAUUACCAUUUGACACCACAACAAAAAUUGGGCAAAAACUAGCAGGUAUUGCUAAAGUAUUCAUUGGGAAUUUGAAACGAUCAAAAGAGACCAGUCCUAUUAUUGAAGAUCGUGUUAAAUUACCGACAGAAAAAAAAGAUUUAGGAAAAUCAACAAGAGAAAUAAAGCCUAGUCGAGAUCAGAGGGUUUCCAGAAUUAAAAAGUCUGGUAAAUUCGCUAAUUUAGUUACAUCAUUAAAAGAUCCGAAACAACUUUCUGCUAUUCAAUUAACUCAAAUUGCUGAAUUACCACAAUAUGAACAAGAUAUAAAAACAAGUUCAUAUUUAAAAGAAAAAUUAUUUGAUGAUUUAGGUGAAGCAGCUAAAACAGAACAAGAAAUACUUCUGGAAAAAAUGAAAUUACAUGCAAUGAGAUUCACAUCGGAAUCAGCUAGGCAGCAAGAUAAAAUUGAUGAGAUGAUAACUGAAGCUAAAGGUCGUAAGAAAACAAGAAAAGAAGAAACUACAGAUAUAGCAGUUAGUCAACUUUUAGAUAGAAGUCAUCAGUUAAAUGAAAUGUAUCAAAAAGAUCGUAAAGAACAUGAAACAGCCUUAGCUGAACGUUUACAACAACAACAACAAUUAAAGUCGGAUGAUAAACAAUCAAGUGAUAUUGACAAUGAUAAAAUGGAAGACAAUAAAUCAAAACUAUCAGAUGCUAAACGUUCCAAAAUGAAACAACGUCCUUUACCACGUCUUUAG